AUGUUCGUGCCCCCGUUCAGCGCCUGCUUUGCCCUCCUUUUCAUGGUGCUGCUUUCGCGCCCCGCGGAUGUUGCCGCUGCGGCGUCCGGGAUCAAUGCCUUCAGCGUCGUUGUUGUGAAGGAGCAAAUGGAGGAGACACUCCGCACUGCCCCAACUGGUGCCAUUCUCCAGCUUUCACCCUACGUCGUGCGGCUCUCUUCCGACUGGACCGUCGUGGAAAGGAGUACGUGGAGCGGCGGGCCUACGAAAGAGGGCGUGAAUAAAGGAGGGCUCUUGCAUUGCCGCCUGCCGCUGCCACAAACAGCAGAGGAUGUGGCGCUCCUCGAACAGCGUUACGUCCGACACAACGCGGCCCGCACGCGCGCGGCCAUUUGGCGGUGGAUGGAGGAUGUGUCGCACCAAGACGGCUGUGUCUUUGGUGAAGGCGAGACAGAGAUCACGGAGGUGACGGAGUGGUACCUGUUCUGCCCACGUGGUGCGAUACGCAAAGUGAACAGAACAGUCGUGAUAGAACAAGCCGGCAACUCGUCGAAAGAGCUCCAAAGAAAAGUUAAACGGUUGAUGCAGCGGUCUCGCGCUGGGGCGAGCCGCGGUGUCAGCAGCAGCAGACUUCUUCACGGAUGGACUUACAUCAUUGGUGCUUACCACGAGGGUAUCACGCAGCCGCGGUGGGGCGCAGAACGCCAGGCGUGGGAACUCGUGUACCCAACUAAUCGUGUGUGUGACGCCUGGCGGUUGGAUGCGCCAACGCAAAAGACACCAGAAGCCAAAGUUCCGCUGGCAAAGGAUGCAAGGAAAGAGUUUUGGGAGACUGUGGUGCGUCUCUACUGCCAGCCAAGGCGUAAAAAUCAUCGAGGGUGGGGGUGGAGAGUGACGGAGGUUCGCCAGGCGUGUUUGCACGAAGUUUCGCUCAAUUCACCGGCUGUGUGCGACUGGGCGAGGGAGCUGGAUACGCUACGAGUGAAUCCUAUUCCAUGCAUCUCUCUUUGA